AUGGACAAUAAUUCAGUAAGAAAUUCAAAUAAUCAUCAACGCGCCAAAAUCCCAAGGCCAAGAAAUGCCUUCAUCUUAUUUAGACAACACUAUCAUAAGAUUCUAAUGGAUGAAUGGACUGCCACUGGUGUUGAUAUUCCACAUAAUUCAAAGAUAUCAAAAAUAUUGGGGAAUAAGUGGAAGACAAUAUCACCAAAUGAAAAAUUACAUUGGGAAGAACUAGCAAAGAAGGAAAAAUUAGGCCAUGAAAGAAAGUAUCCUGAAUAUAAGUAUCGACCAGUAAGGAAAAAUAAAAAGAGAGUUUCUCAUAAUGAUCAUCCAUUGGUCAAUAUGCCUCCAACACCAGUUUUUCCUUCAUCAAACGACGAUUUUUUCAAUAAUCCAUUUAAUUUUAAUAGAUUAAUGUCCCCACCACAAACUUUUAUAAGUAACUUUAAUUAUCCUCCUUUAUCAAUGAGUGCUGGUCAACCCAUGAUGAGAAAGGAUUCUCAAAAUAAUAACAACAGCAACAACAACAAUAAUAAUAAUAAUAACGGUAAGAAUAGCAGCAAAAGUAAUAGCAGCAACAAUAACAACAACCCUAUUAUGACAAGGCCAGUUACUAUGUCGUCAGGCUACGACUCGUUUAGUAAUUCUUUGCAAUUUGCAUAUCUUAAUGGCCGUCAACAAAAUUUAAUACCAAUACCUCUAUCUAUGGCAACUCCAAUGAAGAGUAACGGUAGUAUUAGUAAUAUCAACUCAAACUUCAACAAUGAUGAACAUUUUAAGCCAGUACAAUUCUUAUCGACUUAUCAUUCUUUCGCUCAACCAACCCCACAAGAUUAUGAACAAAAGCUAUUAUUUUCUUCAAGCAUUCCUGGUACAAAUAACAACAGUCAAUAUAUUCCAAAAUCAUCGAUCAAUCAACUAGAUUCGAACCAGAUGAUAUUACCUUCAAUAUCAGGUAAUAGUAGUAAUAAUAAUAAUAACAGUAACAGUUUUAACUCCGAUUUUCCAUCUGAUCAUAGUCAUCAUUAUUCUCAUUCAAAUUUCCUCUUUAAUUCUCAUCCUCCACCAAAUUCUACUACUAUUUAUAGGGAUAGUUUUAUGAGUACAAAUAAUAAUAGUGUUAAAAGUAAUAGCAAUAUUAAUAUGGGAUAUUCAACUACUCAACAAAAUUUUGAUAAUAAUGAUCACUCGACACUCUAUAAGAGUGGCACAAAUUGA